AUGCCCCUUCCUGCCAACUCACCCUCUGAGCCACCGAAACCUCUUACGGACAUGGCAAGAAAGAACAGACAUUCCCGAGUGCUUCCCGUGCACAUUCGCUUUGACGCUCGGCACCAGCCAGUCUACGAGCGGUACCAGACCUACAAAAACACGAGCUACUCCGAUGUCAAGAAAUACAUGCUCGCCAUCUGCGGAUUCGCCCAGUCCAAACAUAACCUUGGCGCGACUUGCUAUAUGUGCUCUAACCACCUCAAGGCCGACCAGCUAAAUGCAGUCAUCACCUCUGUCGAUGACUGCGCUCAACACCACAAACUCAAUUGCGCUUUUGUACACGGCCAGGUCCCCAAGUGCCACGACUGCUCCAUCACCUUCAACACGCGACAGGCAUGGAAGCACCACAUGCUGAGCCAACAUCUCGUUCCGGACCUGCUCAGGCACGAGACGGGUGUCGUAGCCCCGGCCCCUCCCUCGCGCGACUCGCCGCCCCCCCUCGAUCAUGUUGAGUCGUGCCCUCUGGACCGUGCGUUUAACCCGCGAUGGCCCUCUGGCUCGUCUGCACAGAAGUCGGGACAGAAGUCCGACACUCAGAACCAAUCCCGGGACUGCCCCAACCGUGAAAAGCGCACGCCGAGAGGCUCCAAGCCUUCCAAGCCCCGCAAGCGAAAGGGCGACAGCCUCCAGACGCCCUCGGGCAAGACAGACCCGCCGCACAAUAACAAGAGGAUCAAGUCCACUCCAGGCGACUCCUCCCCGCCACCCCCUCUGACCUCCGUCGCUCCCGUCGACCCCCGGCCCGAACACCUCCUCGCCAUCGUGUCGUACAACCCAGCCAGCAAGCGCAUCAUUGUCGGCCGCGCCGAGGACGGCUCCUGCCUCGGCGACUACCCGCACUUCACGGCCUGGGACAUGAUCAGACAGCUGAUCCCCAUGGCCAAGGGCGACCACGGGUUCUUUGCCGCCGUGCUGCUGAGCGACGAGUCGCCGGCGAACGAGCUGAGGACCAAGUACGGCACGAUGAGCCGGAUCGAGUACGACCACCUGCGGGCUCUCGUGGAGCUCGCGGUUGCUCUCCGGGACUGA